GUUAUUGAUGCAUCCAUAUUGCCGCGUUGAAACACUGUACUAGUAAAACAACUUUACGGAAGCCCCAAGUAUUGUGAUUUCCAGACGUCAAACGAAAAGAUUUCUUCACACAGUCAAAUUAUUGAUAAUGCUUGGAGAGAUUUUCAAUUGAGGAUUGUGGUUAAGAAAAUUAAAAGAUAAGACUGCUAGCACACACAGAAAGAGUGCAUGUCUGUUAAAGACGUGGAGGAGAAUUUUAAAUUCCUCACAUAACAGAAGCAAAAUUACACAUGACCAUAUCCAGAGGAGUUGGUGGUCAACAGCAGAGUGGUGGAGGUGGGCAACUCGAAAUGCCCACGGACAAUCAGAGCACCACUCACUCCGACAUCAACAUGGACCCUCAACCUGGCUUCAGUGAAAGUCUGGAGGACGAAAUGGGAGAACCACCCUUCCCACACGCCAAACUUGCUAUGCUGGAGGACAAGGUGUCCAGUGCUCGUUGGGUGGUGCCAGUUCUGCCAGAUCAAGAACUGGAGUGCUUACUCUUGGCAUCCAUUGACCUCUGCAAGAAAGGCAUUGACGUGAGAUCGGAAGCAUGCCAACGCUUCUUCAGGGAAGGGCUCACGAUUUCCUUCACUAAAAUUUUAACUGAUGAGGCUGUCAACUCGUGGAAAUACAACAUACACCACUGCAUUCAACAAAAUUGCGAGAGACUUGUGGAGCUGUGCGUUUUAAAAUUACCUCAUGAUUGGUUCCCAUUGCUAGAUUUGUUAGCCAUUGUUUUCAAUCCAAACAACAAAUUCCAUGUAUUCAAUGGAGGCAGGCAGUCAGAAUCAAUUCCAAUAGGCAGUCUCUUGCAAGAUGACGAGUUGUUUGCUCGGCCCUUGCCAGAUCAGAGGGCACCAAAGGGGUGGCUUGCAGACUUGAUCAACAAGUUUGGCAAAUUGGGAGGAUUCCAAGCACUCUUGGAUCGAUUCGUGACUGCACAAGGAUUAACAGUGCCUGUGAUUCAUGCUCUUUUGCGCCCUUUUGGUCUCUGUUCCGAGUUCCUCACAGUCCAUACUGUCACAACAUAUUUCAUGCCCAUUACGCAUGUGGUGCCUGCUUUACUGGACCAAUUGACAGAUGAUGAGCUUAAGAAGGAAGCUAAGAAUGAUGCGAUUUCUGCUAUUCUGAAGGCUUGCAAAUGUCUUGUGUCCAGGGUCCCUCAUCAGGAAGAGAUCUUAAAGGAGUUGGAGAUAUUUAGGCUUAAAAUGAUCCUCAGACUGCUGCAAAUUUCAUCAUUCAAUGGCAAAAUGAAUGCUCUCAAUGAAGUUAAUAAGGUUAUCACAAGUGUUUCUUACUACCCUCAUGCUCAUCGGGGUCCAGAUGAUGAAGAAUGGCUUACUGCUGACAGGAUGGCUAAAUGGCUGAAAGAACACAAAGUACUACAGAUAGUUUUGAGAGAUUCAUUGCAUCAGCCACAAUAUGUUGAGAAACUUGAGAAAAUCUUGAGAUUCGUCAUCAAGGAGAAAGCCCUCACUUUGGAAGAUUUGGACAACAUUUGGGCAGCUCAGGCUGGCAAACACGAAGCAAUUGUUAAAAACUUGCAUGAUCUCUUGGCGAAAUUGGCUUGGGACUUUUCUCCUGAACAACUUGAUCACUUGUUCGAGUGCUUUCAGUCUUCGUGGACUAACGCAAACAAGAAACAAAGGGAGAAGCUGCUGGAGCUGAUUCGUAGACUGGCUGAGGAUGACAAGGGCGGCGUCAUGGCUCACAAAGUGUUAAUGUUGUUCUGGAACUUGGCUCAUUCUGAAGAUGUGCCUACAGAAAUCAUGGACCAAGCUUUAAAUGCCCAUGUCAAGAUUUUAGAUUAUAGCUGCUCUCAGGAUAGGGAUGCUCAGAAGGCAGUCUGGUUGGACAAGUGCGUUGACGAACUGAAAAGUGCUAAGUGGGUGUUGCCAGCUUUAAAACAAAUUCGAGAAAUUUGCUGCUUGUACGAGCCACCGCCAGCCAUCAAUCACGGUGGACAUGCCCAAAGAACAACAGGCGUGGGCCACAAUGUUUCCAGUCAUCGGCAAGAAGUGAUAGAAAAACUACAAGACACGCAUAGCUUAGUAGUCCUAGUAACUAAUAACUUGGUAGCGUAUAUGGACUACGUUCGAGGUCUUCUAGUCGACAAUCCAAUAUUAGAUCCAGUCCAAUAUUUCCCAGACGAUCGGUAUAAUCACCCCCAGCAAAUUCAAGAGAGACUUAACUUUUUACGUUUUCUACUGAAGGAUGGACAGUUGUGGUUGUGUGCGGAUCAGGCUAAGCAGAUUUGGCAGACCUUGGCUGAGAAUGCUGCUUUUCCUUCAGACCGGGAGGCCUGUUUCAAGUGGUUUUCAAAGUUAAUGGGUGACGAGCCUGACUUGGAUCCGUCAUUCAAUCGUCAAUUCUUUGAGAACAAUGUGCUUCAACUGGACCCUGCUCUGCUAACGGAGAGUGGCAUGAGGUGUUUUGAGAGAUUCUUUAAGGCUGUUAACACUAGAGAGGGCAAGCUGAAAGCCAAGCGCAGGAAUUUCCUGAUGGAAGAUGUUGAUCUGAUUGGGACUGACUACAUCUGGAAGGUGGUGACAAACGGCGGAGAAGAAAUUGCUCACAGAGCUAUCAACUUGCUGAAGGAGGUGAACACAAACCUCGGACCCCAGUUGCAGGCCAACAUUGUCGGCUUCCACGAGAACUUCAUUUCAGAAUGUAUGGACCGCCUCAGAGCUCAUUUUGACACUGUUUCGCUGCUCCGGCGAGACUUGGACUCUGGCAAUAAGGGCGUGCCUGGCUCUCCUACAUCUAGGAAGGCUGAGGUUUUAGGAGAGGCCAACAAGCUGUGCCGGGUCAUGAACGUACUUCACGAGUACAUGUCUGAAUGUGAUUGUGACUUCUUGGGCGAUAGGAAAAUCCUGCCACUCAGAAGAGCGUACCGUGGAAAACAUUUGGCAUUGCUAGUCCGUUUUGCAAACCCUGGUAGACCCAUAGAUGACGUAGAAGUGUCGACGCAUGGAAAUGACACAUUAGGAGCCUUGCGUAGACAGGUCCUUAGACGCAUCAAAGCUUCACCGACUACAGUGAAGCUGGACUUAUUUCUCAAUGGAGAACUUCUUGACACAGCAGAUGACCGCAAACUUCUGUCUCACGUCCCGCUGAGAGACAAAACAGUGCUUAAUGGCAAGCUCUGCCAACAGUCUUCAAAUAUGCCAAGCAGCCCAGACACGAGCUCAGACUCAUCCACGUCUUCUCCUCACCAUGCAGAAUUUAGGGCUUCAUCAGAGGCUGAGAGCACACUUCCAGGAGUGCUUAUGGCUAUCCAGCAACAGUUCGCUCAGUUCUUUUUCCAACUGGCCGACCUGGGUUCUGCGUUGGACCACUCUGCACUGAGAGAAACAGCCCGCAGCAUCCUUCAAUUGAUGCCUGCUGAUACUCACACAAUUCAGCAACUGCAGCUGAUUUUUAAAGUCACCUCGAAUGGCCAAGCACCAACUGAAGUGAAUGGAGAGGUCUCCUCCCCCACCACUGAAAAGUCACCACCAACAAUGGACAGCCUCUUUUUCUCAUCUUCACCAUCGCAAGUUCUGUACUACCUUCAAGUUAUGUACUCUCUAAUUAUGCCAGCACAAGAUCCCCUGUCAGACCGAGCGUUUGAGUUCCAAGUAGCUGUCAUUCGCUCUGAGAAAGCGCAGAUUCUUCUUGACAUGCUGAAAGACCCUAACUUCCUAAGCACUGCGGACUUGGCCACCAAGCGCCAUGCCUACCUGCAGGUCCUGCGCAUCGCCAAGAUGAUUUUGACUAUCGUGGGACACGUCAUGGCCCACGUACUGGAUGACAACAGGAUUUCUGCACAGUCGUUGCCAUCGCCAACUGCGAGCGACGCCCCUGCAAUCGGCAACCUCUCGGGCCCUUCCAUGCGCAGUAAAAUGGUCGCUGUGCUGAGAGCCGCACUGCAGUCUGUGCCUCACCAGAGUUCAGAAUACACCAUGCGACAAGUGGCCAACAAGCUUGCUCAGGCUCUCGCUCAACAGAUGUUGCAAGGCACAGAAGUGGGCAAUGCAUUGUGGACCCUUCCUCACUUUGCUCAGGGAGCUCUAUGGCUCUUGCCUGACAUUACCUCCAUCAAAGCAACUAUGCGACUGGCUUGGGCCGCCAGUUCAGGAAAUCUGCAGCUUGUGCAUGGCUCGCUUGAACAACUGCACGCCAAGCAAAUUGAGAUAUCGUCAAUCCCUAAGCAGUUUGAUGUUCAACUUGUCGGCUUCGAUGACUACAUGGUCUGCCGUGAAGCUUUGGAGACGCUUACUGUGGAACUUAUGCUUCACCCACACUGCAUUGAAGUGCUCAUCAGAGAUAAGAACUGGCAUACUUUCAUCAUUGAUCUGCUGCUCUUGUGCCCAAGCAGAGCCAUCAGAGUGGCCGCUAGUGAACAAUUCCUAUUGAUUUCCACAUGGUGCACUGGCAAUCAACAACCACUUCAGUUUUGCAUCACGCUGCUUUUCACUGUACUGAACACAUCAGUGCUGGAACAUGCCGAUCAAUCUCACGAGUACUUCCAGCUUCUCUGCCGUCUUCUCAACUCUGCUUUUGUAUCAAAUUGCCCUCUUCCCACCGCCGAGACUUUGCUCAAUAACGAGAUAGUUUGGCUGAAGCAAGUCAGGGAAAAUGUGAAAGAGAGUGGUGACACAAAGUUUGACGAUGCAGUAUUAGAAGGCCACUUGGGUUUGGCAAGAGAACUCUUUGCAUUUGUCAAGCCUGACAAGAAGCACGACCUUGGCUGCAAAAGUGGCAACUUAAUCAAGGACAUAGUGGAAGACUUUGUCUUUCCCGCGUCGCACUUGAUGGCUCAGCUUUGGCGCACUGGAGAUCUACCAAUGGAAACGGCAGUACCUGUUUGCCAGUCAUCGUCAACAGUGACCGCAGCUUUUGAACUUUUAGUGUCCCUUUGCGUUGGCUGUGUUCCCAAUAUGAAAUUGCUGGUCAACAUGAUCACCGACAUGUUCUAUUCUGACCGCGAAUUAUCUUUGACUGAAUGGGACUACAUGCCCCCUGUGGGCCCUAGACCGACACACGGUUUUGUUGGACUGAAAAACGCUGGUGCAACGUGUUACAUGAAUUCUGUUCUGCAACAACUGUACAUGGUGGAGAGCAUCAGAGUCGGCCUCUUGGCGGCGGAAGGCGCUGCAACAGACAUCAAUGAAGAUUUCAGCGGAGAGGACCGAAUUGAAGGAGAGGUGAGUGGUUUUUCUCUUUCCCAAUUACAAUUGUCAUUUUAUGCACCUGUAAUGCAUUGGCUGUUUUCAUUUAACUUAUGCACACUAAUUUUUUAACAGGGUUGUUUGGAGGCUGAAAAUGACACAGACAGAGGUGACCUUGAAGAGUCCCGCAAGGAAUACAAUGUGAGCAUCUUGAAGCAGGUGCAGGCUAUAUUUGGACACCUGGCUUACAGCAAACUUCAGUUCUACGUUCCCAGAGGACUGUGGAAACAUUUCAAACUGCAAGGCGAGCCAGUAAAUCUGAGAGAGCAGCAAGAUGCCGUUGAGUUCUUCAUGAGUCUAGUGGAGAGCUUGGACGAAGCCUUCAAAGCCCUGCGGCAGGAGCAAGUGAUGAGCAAGGUCCUAGGUGGCUCUUUCUCUGACCAGAAGAUCUGCAAGGGCUGCCCGCAUCGCUACUCGAAAGAAGAGCCAUUUAGUGUGAUCUCAGUUGACAUCCGCAAUCACAGCAACUUGGUUGACUCUUUGGAGCAGUACGUCAAAGGAGAGUUAUUGGAAGGCGCCGACGCAUACCACUGUGAAAAGUGUAAUGCGAAGGUGGUGACUGUUAAAAGACUGUGCGUGAAGAAACUUCCACCCAUCUUGGCAAUCCAGCUGAAGCGAUUUGAAUACGACUAUGAGAGAGUUUGUGCCAUCAAAUUUAAUGAUUAUUUUGAAUUCCCAAGAGACCUGGACAUGGAACCUUACACUGUAAGCGGGUUGGCCAAACUCGAGGGUGAAGUCAUUGAGUGCGACUACCCGCCCGGUGAUAGCAGUCAGCCCAAGGAAGUUUGCACCAAAUACCAACUCUCAGGCAUUGUGGUCCAUUCUGGUCAGGCCAGCGGAGGCCACUACUAUUCAUACAUUCUUCAUAGGCAACCCGAUGGUUCUUCCAAGUGGUACAAAUUCGAUGACGGUGACGUCACUGAGUGCAAAAUGGAUGACCCAGAAGAGAUGAAGUCCCAGUGCUUUGGCGGAGAGUACAUGGGCGAGGUGUUUGAUCACAUGCUGAAGAGGAUGAGUUACCGCCGGCAGAAGCGUUGGUGGAAUGCUUAUAUGCUUUUUUACACAAGGCUGGAUGUUGAAGUGGACAACAUUACUCGUAGUAUCAAUGAACUCUCUUUGUAUACCAAAAUGGGCAUGCUGAAAAUGCCUCAAGCCAUUGAACGAAGUGUUCGUCGCCAGAAUAUCCAGUUCAUGCAUAACCGCAACCAGUUCUGCACGGAAUACUUCCAAUUCAUGCGGAAGUUGAUCACCUGCAACAGUCCUCCCCCUAAUAUGAACGAUCAAAUGUCCCCCGAGAAUGAAGAGUUAAGUCUGCUUAGUGUGCAGCUGGCUGCCCGCUUUUUGUUCCACACAGGCUUUCACACAAAGAAAACGCUGCGAGGCCCUGCGAUGGACUGGUAUGACGCAACGUGGGCCCAUCUUCGCUACUCCAAGAGGGUGCGGCAUUGGUUUGCGCACAACGUGCUCUUUAAUAACCCCAUCAGAUUCUCUGAGUACUUGCUGAGCUGUCCUAGUCCAGAGGUCCGGUCUGCAUUUAUCAAAAUCAUUGUGGUACUGGCUCACUGCUCCAACCAGGAUGGACCGUGCCCUUCCCCUCUGAUCACCAGUGCCACAACAGCGGGCCUCGUAGACCCCAGUGCAACCCUGAGCGACCACCUUCUGCACGCUGUGCUGCUUCUGCUGCACAGAGAAAUCGCUGACCACGGACGCCAGCUGCCGCACUACUUUUCGCUGUUCCACAACUACGCCAUGCAGGGAUUGGUGGAGAGGGCACAGCUUCUGAAGUUAAAUGUCCCGUACCUCUUCAUGUGCGUGGCCGUUGACGAAGGGCCUGGGCCCGCCAUAAAGUACCAGUACCCCGAGUUGACAAAAUUGCACCAGGUGGUGUCAUUACUUGUUCGCUGCUGUGAUGUUUCCUCUAAGUGCUCGACUGCACAACAAAACUUGCCUGUGUUGCCAAACCCAUAUUAUGAACCCCAGUGCCCGGAUUAUCUGAUGCCAAUUCAGAGCCCAGUUGCUGAACUUUUGUACGGCCGGACGAGCUACGUGAAGAAGCUCAUUGAGGACAACACACCAAGCGAGGACACAGUCAAGCUGCUUCAGUUCUGCUGCUGGGAAAACCCUCAUUUCUCAAGGACAGUGCUGACAGAGCUGCUGUGGCAGGUGGCGUUUGCCUACUGCCAUGAGCUGCGCCAUCACAUGGAUCUGCUUCUGAACGUGCUGCUAAUAGAGGACUCAUGGCAAUCACACCGCAUCCACAAUGCUCUCAAGGGCGUGCCGGAAGAGCGGGAGGGCUUGUUUGAGACAAUCACCAGGUCUAAGGGCAACUACCAGAAACGAGCCUACCAGUGCAUCAAGCUCAUGGUGAACCUGUUCUACAAGUGCCGCAGUGCGGCUUCCCUUCUGACCACUAACACAGACAUCAAGCGGCGCUGGGUGCAGGUUGUUGACUGGCUGCAGGAUGAGCUUGAGAGGCGCCCGUAUCCGACCAAUCCUCAGUAUUCUUACAACUGGUCUCCACCAGCGCAGUCGAAUGACACCACCAACGGCUACUUCCUAGAGAGGUCCAGUUCAGCCAGGAAAACUCUUGAAAAAGCACUGGAACUCUGUCCUGAAAUGUCAAACCAGGAGCAAGAGUCUGAAGUACUGUCCGAAGAAGGUGAGAGCUCGCCCCCAGUGGCAGACGAAGCACCGCAAACCCAGAGCGCCUUAGUGCACCCUGCACACAACAGAGUGUCGGCCCCGACGGUCCCAGUGAUUCCAGGUGUGCAGGCCUUCACGCUGAAUAAACUUGACCGAUAUGAGUGGGCCGUCAACAAAACUUCCAUGCCUGCCUUCUGCCUGGCUGAUGUUGAAGUCAAUGAGGUCAUCAAAGGGAGAAAGCGGAAGACAGAGAAAGCCGAAGAUGUGCCCUCAAAUUUAACCAUUUCACCCCAACAGAGCCCUGUUCAGACCUGCGAGGUAGAGAUCCCGUCGGAACCAAGCACUCAAACUGUGUCGGUGCCGUCGCCAAGUGGUUCUGCGCAGACGAGCGAGGUGCCGCCAAGCCAGCCGGCCGCGGACGUGGUGCCCAAGAGUCCCACCAUUGAGAUCACCCCGAGCGAGCCAGACACUGUUCCUGAAAAUUGACGAGCGCAGCCCCGCCGCGAGGUGCGAGUGAUGCAAUAAGCUGUUGUUUUUAUUUUGACGUGGGCGGUGAUUUAAUUUGGCUCUGCCUAUCGCCACUGUUGCUGCUGCUGCUAAGAGUGACUGUGUAGAAAGGAUGAGUGCCACACACACACACACACAUGUACGCUUCACCGUCAGUCUUGAUUGCCAAAGAUGGACCCUUUUGUUACAGACACACGCGGAAACACACGUAGUUUAUCAAUUAAUGGUACAUACUUCUCUUUCUCUCCCUCGAAUACACUGACCCUAUAAUUAUUAUGAAACUACUGUUGUCAGACGAUUCUCAAACUAGCAUUUCAUAUGGAAUGGAUUAAAGAAAUUAAACUACAGAAAACUUAUGAAAAACGAUGCAACUUUUGCUUUUUCACCUUGCUUUUCACUUGACUCUGUGUAUUUUUAAUUCUUCUUUGAUGAGUGAUACUUUGCUCAAUUCCCCUGCCACCCGUAUUAUAUGUGUAAUUAGUUUCAAGCAGCGUCGUUCAAGAUGAUCAUAAUUAAACUUUAAAAUGACUUUUAUUUCACGUUUGUAAAUUUUUUGUUGAGCGCGUAAAUGUGUACAGUGUUUUCUUUGGGAGAUGUUUUUCUUGGUCACAGACUCCAGAUGAGCCUCUGAAUUUAUUUUUGUUAAAUUCGGGGCUUUUUAAAGGCAGUCAUCUGCUAAAGAUUUCAAAACUAACUGCGUACUUGAUGAAAGCUGUAAUAAAGGGCAUCGCAAGUA